AUGCAAGAUGAUGAAGCAAUUCCUGCUCUGGAGUCGCUUCUUAAUGACAUGUCUUUGCAUCCAAUAGCAGCAGAAGCUCUUGGAGCCAUUGGUUUAGCGUGUAACGUUGACAUUUUGAAGAAAAGCUUGAUCAUGGAUCCAGCUCAGGAGGUUCGGGAAACGUGUGAAUUAGCUCUCAAAAGGAUUGAAGAACUUAGCAAUGUUGAUACCGAGAACCAGUCAUCCACAACAGAUAAAUCGCCUUUCGAGUCUAUUGACCCAGCUGCUGCUUUCUCUUCUAUCCACCAACUGAGGCAAAUCCUUCUGGAAGAAUCAAAAGGCAUGUAUGAGAGAUAUGCUGCACUUUUUGUUCUAAGGAAUCAUGGUGGAGAGGAAGCUGAUUCUGCCAUAGUUGAUUCUUUGAGUGCUAAUAGUGCCCUUCUACGACACGAGGUUGCUUAUGUCUUGGGCCAAUUGCAAAACAAAUCUGCUUUAGCUACUCUAAGCAAAAUAUUGUGA